CAGCGUUCUCUUGGAUGGCGACCAAGGAAGAACGGGACACCCUUCGUCUGCUCGUUCAACACGUCGCCCGGGCGUUUUAUGAACCCAAGUAUGUGAUUAUCUUAGACCAAUUGGCUCGCCAUCCAGUUCUCAAGGACGAUGACCUGGCUGGCCGAAUGGGUCUUCAGGCAAAAGAGCUUAACAAACUAAUGGCAGUACUUGGAAAUGAUCGUCUCAUACAUGUGUAUCGCCAAAACGAGCUCAAGGAGGGUGCUCAAAGAUCAGUGGGCAGACAAUAUUACUACAUAGACUACAAGCAUUUCUGUGACGUAGUCAAGUGGCGCAUUGCGGAGAUGCGAAGGAUAAUUGAUUCGGGCCUGCGAAAUGAGCUCGACAACAAGGGUUACCUCUGUCCUCGAUGCGGCAAGUCGUAUACGCCGCUAGAAGUGGACAAACUUAUGAACUUCUAUCUCGGUGUUUUCAUCUGCGAGAUAUGUGGUGCCGAGGUCGUGGAUAACGAGAAUGCUGAGAGCGUCAAGGGCAGUCAGGAUCGGAUGCAACGCUUCAACCGACAAAUGAGGUUCAUAAUCGAGGGGUUGCGCAAGACCGAGUCCAUGGUUAUUCCCGCGCUGGAUGUGCCUGCAUGGAUUAAGAACAACACUGUGGAUACUGAAAAACAAAAGGCUGGUCAAUAUCCUGGACUUAAGGUCGCCGGGUCCUCGUCCGCGCCCAAGCAAGAUGACGGAGUUGGUAUCAUCAUGUCGCUGGACAAGGAUGAAGCGACGAGGCAGCAAGAACGGGACGCGGAGGCUGCAGCUAAGCGGCAGCAGAAUAUCAUGCCGUCUUGGCACCUGAAAAGCACCAUCACUGGCGAUCUUACCGCGCUCGGGAUACAAGAAAGCGCUCGUUCUAUGACUACGAGUGGAAAUGCUAUGGAGAUAUCCACUGAUGACACGCUAAGGGGCCUGGGAACCAUUGGGCCAUCAAAGCGCCCCUCAGGCCCAGCCGUUGACGUCGAAUUCGAUUACUACGAACAAUACUACGCUUCUCUAGCAGCGUCAAACGCAGCAUCCGCUCAGGCGACUCCGCCUGCACUCGCGAGUGAGGAGCUUGGGGGGGAUGAAGACCAGAAGCUGACCAUCGGAUUUUUGGACUCGCUGAACGAGUUUCGCAAGCGGUCCCGUUCCGUCGAGGAUGUUGGCAUUCCCGCAACGAAACUUACAAAAAUAGAAUCAGAACACAUUGUCGUGGAGCGGGAGACUCACACUGUGAAUAGCAGUGAGCGUGAUCCUUUCGUCCUUGUAAACGGGGUACCGAAGCCCUUCUCCCAAGUCACUGAAGAGGACCAAGAGUCGAUGACGCCCGACGAGUAUACUGUGUACUUCGAAGUUUUCCAGUUGCACUCGUAGUCUCUGAGAAGCCUCGAGCUAGAGCAGCCUAGACGUUGUAUGGCUUCGGAAUCCUGCUGUCUUUGCUGACGACCGGUGCAUGUAAAGUACAAGGUCUAGGCUUCAUUGCACUCGACAGUAACGGUCCGGACCCACAGUUAGCUCCCUCCUUUGUUGGGCUUUUUGGGAACGUGUAUUCUAUUCCACUCGCCAGUUCACAGAUAAACAGACUCUCGAGCGAAUACACUUUUCCACAUAUAACCAUAACCAUGUGUGCCCAUCGUGCAAUUUCC